UGAAAAAGAUUGUCUCAAAUUGUAAAUUAAUAUAUUUUCUCAUUUAUACUUGAUUAGCUUCUUUCCUACUAACAUCACAUGUUACAUGUGAGAAAAAUUGAACUUAGGCCUGUUUCUUGAAUUAACCGUUUCUUACAUAACAUUUCUUGCAUGUAUUUUUUUGAUGACCGUUUAUUUCCUUAGUUCGCCAACUUUGGAGUUGAUCAAUGGAUCGCACUUUAAUCAGUACAUUAUUAUAUUCAUACUAAUUUCUUUUUUACAAGUCGCUCCUUCUAGGAAGAAUUACGACAAAGUAAAGUUAAAAGUUUGAAAUCGUUUCCCACAUCUCUUUUAAAUUACAGUAUUUUUUUUAUAUUUUUUUCACUAUAAUGACUCUGUGUUUACUUCUCGUUAGUUUAUCAAGAUUUAGCCGCCACGUGUGCGAAUAGGCGAAGUGCGCUUGUCGGGACGCAGGCGUUCGCGGUUUCUGCGCGAAAAAAAGAGAGAAAGAGAGAAGAGACUGCUAUCAAUAAUUCAAUAACGGCACGCUCGCAAUUCGCGCUUUGACGUCCAAUAGCAUGCUGUGCAUAAUCAACGCCGUUCGCAAUUGCGGAGCGCAAGAGCGUAAGGGACUAACAUCGCUAACAAUAAGUAUCGCUUUCGAAGCGUCGAAAAUAUGUGAGACACGCUCCCUGCCUCUCUCUCUCCCUCGUCCGGAGGCGGCAGUAUUACGGCGCGUAACGUGCCGUCGCUAUUUCAGCAAUCUGUUUUCGAAUGAUUAUGCAUGUAUCUUUUAUCUCCCGGAGCAUGUAUCUCCCAUGCUACGUCGAGAUAAAACGCUUUUUUAGUAUGAAGUGAAUACGUGCCAAGUCGUCCGUCGCUAAGUAUACGUAUGUACUAUAGUAAUGCAAACGCCAUCCCGCAAGCAAGUCUACUUGAUCUUAUGAAAGAAGAAGGGCAAGAAGGAGAAGAAGCCGAAGAUCGUGGAUGAGUAUCAGUUACGCAGGGAGCUGAGGGAGCAGGCGAAGAUGAUGAAGUCCGCGGACCUGGUGCAGGAAGCUGCGACGCUUACGCUGCGUGAGCCGCAAUUCUCCGAGGAUAUUAGGAUCGGCGGUAUAGAGGGAGGCGGUACACACUCGACACUCGUAAUACUCGAUGGAAAAGGUGCCAAGCUAACAGAAGUUAAAGGACCGGACACUAAUCAUUGGACAAUCGGAAUAGAUGAAACAGCUGCCAGACUCAGCGCGAUGAUCGAGCAGGGUAAACGAACGUUAGAUAUACCAGAAACCGUUCCUUUAGAUUGCGUAGGACUUACCUUAAGCGGUUGCGAGGAGGAAACCACCAAUCGUCAGAUUGUGGGAACUUUGUUGAAAAAAUAUCCACAAUCCGCCAAGGACUAUGUUAUUAGUUCAGAUACUCUUGGCAGCCUUAGGACUGGCCUGGAAUCCGGCGGGAUCGUGUUGAUCGCUGGAACUGGCAGCAAUGCUUUGCUGAUCAAUCCGGACGGGACGACUCAUAAUUGCGGAGGAUGGGGAUACAUGAUGGGCGACGAGGGGGGAGCUUACUGGAUCGCCCAUCGCGCCUGUAAAUAUGUAUUCGAUGAUAUCGACGAUUUCGUGAAAGCACCGGAGCCAAUAAGCUACGUUUGGCCGGCGAUGAGAAAUUACUUCAAUGUGACCGAUAGAAACGCUAUAUUACCGUAUAUGUAUAAAAACUUCAACAAAAGCACCAUUGCCGAGUUCACUAUGGAAGUCGCGACCGGCUGCGAUAGGGGCGAUCCGCUCUGCCUGAAGCUCUUCGAGGAAGCUGGACAACUUUUGGCGAAGCAUAUUAACGCCGUCUCGAAGAAGGCCCAUAACGAUCUCAAACUGGCUCAAGGCGGUUUAAAGGUGAUCUGCGUCGGAUCUGUAUGGAAGUCGUGGAAAUACAUGAAGAACGGUUUCGUGAACGAAAUCCACGACAGGCACGUCGUAGACGAGUUGAGCCUGCUGCGUUUGACGACAUCGUCGGCGUUAGGCGCCUGCUACCUGGCCGCGGAGAAGAUCAACUGUCAGUUUGUCAAGCCGUACGACAGCAACGUUGAGAUCUUUUUCCAUUACAAGCGCGACCGUUAUCCGGAAACGCAGAAGGAAGAACAUUCGGUGGAAUUGAAAAAUCAUACCGACGAAAAUCAUACCGACGAAAAUCAUACCGGCAGUAGUGCUCCCGUUCACGGAAACGGGGAAAGUACGUGAUAAGACAAAUAAAUGAGAAAGUUUCGAAAAAUGUGCUAGCGUUCUCUAGCUUUCGGCGCUGAAAUAUUUUAUCUGCAAACGCGUUGCAAAAGUAACAAACGGAUUAUCUCGCGUGAUUGUGAACAACCGGAAAGAUCGCGAUCCCGAUUAGGAGCGAUUACGAGAAGCACAGGUGUAGCAAAUCUAAAUACUAUACAAAUAAUAAGCAACACAGAUCUGCGGGAAAAAAAAAUGAAAGAAUCGUUUCUGUAAAAAUUACAAGUUGUAAAUAUCGAUUGUAUGUAUAUAAAUUUCUACGAAAACGAAAGCAAUAUAAUGAAAUCUUCUAGAGCGUGCGCUGGUGCGGAGAAUGACGCAUUUUAGUGUAUCACUAUCCUCGUAAAGAUAAACUUGAAAAAAUAAACAGGGUAACAAAAAAACCCGAGUAAUUUUUUAUAGCGCAA